AACAAAAAACUGUUCUUUUUACAGCAAUCUGCUAAAGGUUAAUGACCUUUUAAUGAAAAACUAACAUUAGCUUGUUAAUUUGUGUAAAUUCUUGUCCUGUCCAAAAUUAUUUGUUGUCCAGUUAAAAAACAAACAAGAAAAAUGCCUUCAAGCGCUUUGUUGAACAAAACGGCCAAGGUCGAUUACAUGAACCUGGACUGCCAAGGCAGAGUACAAGCUAUGUAUAUAUGGAUAGAUGGGAGCGGCGAACAUCUCAGGUGUAAAACUAAAACAUUGGAUUCGGAACCGCAAACCCCAGAUGACCUCCCGUUAUGGAACUUUGAUGGUUCAAGUACCAACCAAGCUGAAGGGUCCAACAGCGAUUGUUACAUCAAGCCGAUAGCUUUGUUUCGCGACCCGUUCCGUGGUGACCCUAACAAACUUGUCAUGUGUGAAGUGCUUAACUAUAAGCAGGAACCCGUGGCCACCAACAACCGACGCAGAUGUCGUGCGAUCAUGGAAAAUGUGAAAGAAGAUCGGCCAUGGUUUGGAAUGGAACAAGAAUAUACUUUGUUGGAUGUGGAUGGUCAUCCAUUUGGGUGGCCUAAAGGAGGAUUCCCUGGCCCACAAGGUCCCUACUACUGUGCAGUGGGCACUGGUAACGUAUACGGGCGCGACGUUGUUGAAGCUCAUUACAGAGCCUGUAUGUUUGCUGGGGUUAAGAUUGCGGGAACAAAUGCAGAGGUUAUGCCGGCCCAGUGGGAAUACCAAGUGGGACCAUGUGAAGGUAUAGAGAUGGGGGACCAUUUAUGGAUCUCAAGAUUUCUUCUCCACCGAGUUUGUGAAGACUUUGGAAUAAUCGCAACUUUCGAUCCAAAACCAAUGAAGGGAGAUUGGAAUGGAGCGGGGUGUCAUACCAACUAUAGCACUGAAGCUAUGAGGAAUAAAGGAGGCAUUGCUGCUAUCAACAAAGCUGUGGAGAAACUCAGCAAGCGUCACUUCUCGCACAUCAAGGCAUACGAUCCACAAGGAGGUAAAGACAACUUACGCCGUCUCACUGGCAUGCACGAGACUGCUUCGAUCUAUGAUUUCUCAUCCGGUGUCGCGAACCGAAAAGCUUCCAUCAGAAUACCGAGACAUGUUGGUGAGGAGAAGUGUGGAUACUUGGAAGACCGUCGUCCAUCCUCCAACUGCGACCCAUACGUUGUAUCAGAGAUGCUGGUUCGUACAACCAUAUUAAACGAAGAAGGAGACGUCGAUUUUGAUUUGUAAAUCAGAAAGUUCUAACAUUUCAUGAGUUUAACUUUUCAUGGAUAAAAACUUAAUGAAAUUUUCAUGAAACUAACUUUUCGUGAAUUUUAAGUUUUCUUGGUUGCUUCAUAAAUUUUCUUUGUUUAUUUCAUGAAUUUAACUUUUCAUAAAUUUAACUUUUCAUAUUGAAAUUUUCAUGAAUUUACCUUUUAUGACAUUGUCAUGAAUUUAACUUUUCAUGAAUUAACUUUUCAUGGACUUUUGUUUUAAUGAUGAAUACUGGACCAGCUUUUAGCGUAGUCUGCUUCGUAGUAACUUGUUCUUAUUCAUUCCAUACAAAGCACAAUAUUGUGAACAUUAGUGCGCCUAUAAUGGUGUAUUCAGUUUUUAAACUGGUAUACUGUCUGUCUUUUAUCUGCAUGCAUUUACCGAACAACAAGCAUAUCGGCCACACAGUAUAAUAUUGUGUUGAUAGUCCACAUGCAAAACUGCUAAUAUUGUUUAUUGUAUGUCUUUUUCUUUUAAUGCAUUAGAUUAAAUAAACCAGUAAAAAUUGACAA